AUGGUCGUCGCAUCAGUAUUUUGGACUCUCUCGAGUUGCACUGGAUGUCAAUUGGCCAUCGAAGGACUUAACAAGUAAGAUCUUACCCUUAUUGAAUCGGUAUUUUAGAUUUCACAAUGAUUCCAUGGUAUUCUUCACCUUUUCCACUGGGUUAUUAAUUGUUGUUGCUGGAAUUUUGACUAGACCAAGUGUAAUAUGGAGGAGAAAUAUUCCUUUCAGGUAAGUGCAGGCUGUUUAGAAGGUUUCUAGGUCAAUUUCAGAGCGUACCUUCCACUUGCCAUCUUCGCAUUUAUUGUCAAUUUGAUAAACAAUCAAAGCAUUUACUUCGGAGUCCCGUUUCCUCUACAAAUUGUUUUCCGCUCGGUAGGAAAUUAAGGCCAUUAUGUUCUACGCGCUUUACUUUUGCCAUAAUAUCCGAUUUUAGGGUACACUUGUAGCUAAUGUCAUCUUAACUUACUUUCUGAACAACAAGGUCCACUCUAAAUUAAAGUAUUUCUCAAUUGUUCUUAUCACUUUGGGCAUUGGGAUCUUCACUUUUGGGACGAAAUGGCAAGAAGAGCAGCUAAAAUACGACUAUGACUUCAUUUUUUACAUUGGUAUGUUUUUUGGUAUGUAUUUUUUUUUUAAAUGACUGUCGAUUGCAUUGGUUGUAAUUUUUUUUUCUUAUCGAAUGCUGUUUUAGGAAUUGCUCUAAUGACAAUUUGUCUUUUUUUGUCUUCCUAUAUGGGGAUAUUUCAAGAAAAUAUGUUCAAGGAAUACGGUAGACAUCCCGAUGAAGUUAUGUGGGGAAUGGUAAGCCAAAUUUCAUUGUGUUUACCGAUUUAGAAUGCAAUUCCUCUUCCGUUCUACUUGUUCUACUAUAAGAAUCUUGCAAAUACAUUUGUGGAUUUCUGUAAUAGCAACAAUUUUGUUAUCCUUGACAUCACCUUUCCCAUUACUGAACUUUGGCUAUUUUUAGUCGGAAUAUUGGCGUUACAGUAAGUCUUGGAAUGUGAAAUGACUGGAAAUGGCAGUAGCUGUAAUUGAUUAUUGUAUUUUUAGAUACACCUGCGUCAAAAGUGUCUAUCGCCUCAAUUCUCGGAUGAAUUCCCUCAACCUGACAAUGAUUUUGACCCUCCGAAAGUUUUUGAACUUAUUUUUCUCGGUGAUUUUAUUCAAAAAUACCUUUGGGAGCAUCCAUCUCUUUGGAACAGUACUGGUUUUUGUAGGAACAUAUCUAUUUUACACCGAGAAACGGGAAAAAGUUGAAUGA